AUGUGCAAAACCUACCGCCAACGAGUCUUUUGUCCAGGAGAUACCCACAGGACCGAGAUCGUUAGGACCGUUAGGACGGCCAGGAACGUCAACGGAGACCACCCCAAUUCUGCGGAGGAGCUCGAGAAUAGCAGCACCAACUACAACGAAAACAACAACUGUAAAUGCCACAUAGCCACCGCCGCCGACAUUCUCUUCCUUCCACCAGUCAUUGACUACAGCCUGGAAAGGACUUGUGCGGGGUGUAUAGAGGAGGAGAGAGAUUUGGUGAUGAGAGUGAUGGCUUUGAAGAGGGCUAUUGCGGAGGAGGACGUGAGCGAGGCGAGAGCGGAAAUGGAGGGGGGAUAUGAUAGUACUGGGGAUGGUGCUGGGUAUGGGAAUGGGCACGGGUAUGGGAAUCUUGCUGUGGAGUUUGUGCCGAUUGGGAUGAGAGUCGAAGUCGGACUUGGAUUUGGGAGUUUGAAUUCGGAGACAAAAACGGCGAAGACAAAGGCAAAUGACAACGGAGACGGUGAUGGCGACGCGAGCGCGAGUGUGAGUGCGAGGGCAGUUGAGUUGAGGUCGGCUGGGGUUCGGUGUAGAACUGCUGGUGAAGGCGUCAGUGAGCAUGAACCGAGUUACCUACCUGAGCUACCUCUGGAAAGAGGGAACCAGGAGAUGAACAAGUCGGGUGUUGCGGUUUCGGCUCCGGCUCUGGUUACAGGGCAUGGUAUCUCUAAACCUAAUUUUCUACCUAAUUUCUACGACGUCAACGACAGGAGGAGGACGGGGGGAACAAAUGGAGGUGAAACAGCCGCCUCUACAACUACUAGCAAGAGGUUUAGUGAGCAGGCUGUUCACAUCAACAACCAACAGCAAUAUGCUACAUGUAAGCCGCCCCAACCCCUGAUUUGA